CUUCCACCAAAUGUGGUCAAAAUUCUGGACCAUAGCUAAGGAUAAAUUGAAGGCAGCACUCAAUCCUUUUCACUGUCAGUGCUGAGAAGUCCUGGAAGGGCUGACACAAUAAAGCUGCUGCUGCUGCUGAAUGCCAGGCGAUUCAACCUCUGCCAGUAUGGAGAGGCUGCCUCCGCCACCACCUCCAACCAUGAAUUUGCGCUUUGUGCCGGAACAACUCCAGCCGCCAUAUAUGAAAUUUUCUGAGUGGAAAUUCAAGCUGUUCAAAGUGAGGCCGCUAGGAAAGCCACUUCCUGAAGAUAACCAUCUGGCUAGCAGCGAUAAAGAAGUGGCAGCUUCUCUGGUCAGAGUCACCGAGCAACAGGUUGAUUCAGCAGCUUUCGUGUCACAACAUGUGCCCUUUGAAGCAGGCACAGAACUGAACAAAAGUAUGCCGGCAAUAAAUAAAGUCGUCGUUCACAGCAGCUAUAAAGAGAUAGAAACUCAUCAAGCAAACCUGCAGCACCUCUGUCGCAUUUGUGGUGGUUCGUUUAAAACUGACCCUUGCAAGAGAAGCCACCCUGUUCAUGGGCCGGUGGAUGAGGAGAUGCAGGCGCUUCUGAGAAAGAGAGAGAGAAGGGCCACAUCGUGGCCAGAACUUCUCGCCAAGGUGUUUAAGGUUGACGUGAGAGGAGACAUUGACACGAUCCACCCCACUCACUUUUGCCACAAUUGUUGGAAUGUGGUUCAAAGGAAGUUCAGCAAUUCCCCGUGUGAAGUGUAUUUUCCGAGGAAUGACACAAUGGAGUGGCAUCCACAUUCAGCCAACUGUGAUGUUUGUAGCACUUCCUUCCAUGGGGUCAAGAGAAAAAAACAAGCCCUGAAUCCGCAGUUGAGCAAAAAGCUCAAGAACACGACAGGGCAUGCUAGAAUAAUAAGGCGCGUGAGAACUAUGAAACCAGUGAACAAGAGCUUAAUGAAGAAGAUUGCCAACUGCAGCAAGAUCCACCUCAGUACCAGUAGACUUGCAGUAGACUAUCCUAAAGACUUUGUAAAGUCAAUCUCUUGCCAAGUCUGUGAGCAUAUCCUGUCUGACCCAGUAGAAACAACAUGCAAACACUUAUUCUGCAGGGUCUGCAUUUUUAAAUGUCUCAAAGUAAUGGGGAGCUACUGCCCGUCCUGUCGCUAUCCUUGCUUUCCAACUGAUUUGGAGAGCCCUGUGAAAUCCUUUCUGAAUAUCCUCAAUGGUUUGGCUGUGAGAUGCCCAGUGAAAGAUUGUCUUGAGGAGGUCUCACUGGGGAAGUACUGCCACCAUCUUUCCAGUCACAAAGAGGUAGAGGACCAAGAUGGCUAUGUGUAUGUCAACAAGGGUGGCCGUCCAAGACAGCACUUACUCUCACUGACCCGGAGAGGGCAAAAGCAUCGCCUACGAGAGCUCAAACUUCAAGUAAAAGCUUUUGCAGAGAAAGAAGAGGGGGGAGAUGUAAAGUCUGUGUGUCUAACUUUGUUCCUACUGGCUCUGAGAUCUAGAAAUGAACACAGGCAAGCUGAUGAGUUGGAAGCUAUAAUGCAAGGGAAAGGAUCUGGCCUCCCUCCAGCUGUUUGCUUGGCAAUCCGAGUCAACACGUUUCUCAGCUGCAGCCAAUACCAUAAAAUGUACAGGACUGUAAAAGCAAUAACAGGCAGACAGAUUUUCCAGCCACUGCAUGCUCUUCGAACAGCUGAAAAGUCCCUCCUGCCAGGUUAUCAUCCUUUCGAGUGGAAACCACCCUUGAAAAAUGUGUCCAGUAAUACAGAUGUAGGCAUUAUUGAUGGGCUUUCAGGGAUGCAGCAUUUGGCUGAUGACUACCCAAUAGAUACGAUAGCAAAGAGAUUUCGAUACGACACAGCUUUGGUUUCUGCCCUAAUGGAUAUGGAAGAGGACAUCCUAGAAGGGCUGAAAAUUCAGGACUUGGAUGACUAUUUGAAAGGCCCUUUCACUGUGGUGAUUAAAGAGUCCUGUGAUGGAAUGGGGGAUGUUAGUGAAAAGCACGGCUGUGGCCCAAUGGUCCCCGAGAAGGCAGUUCGAUUCUCUUUCACCAUCAUGAGCAUCACUGUCUGUCAUGACAGUGGGAGCACAAAGAUUUUUGAAGAAACCAAGCCCAAUUCAGAGCUUUGUUGCAAACCUUUGUGCCUUAUGCUGGCUGAUGAAUCAGACCAUGAGACACUCACGGCCAUCCUGAGUCCUCUUAUAGCAGAAAGAGAGUCCAUGAAGAGUAGUGUAUUAAUCCUGGAUAUGGCUGGAAUCCCCAGAAUGUUCAAGUUCAUCUUCAGAGGCACUGGGUAUGAUGAAAAGCUUGUCCGUGAAGUAGAGGGCCUGGAAGCCUCUGGCUCUACUUACAUUUGUACUCUUUGUGAUGCAACACGCGUGGAAGCCUCUCAGAAUUUGAUCCUCCACUCCAUUACAAGGAAUCAUGCUGAAAACCUGGAAAGGUAUGAGGUGUGGAGGUCCAACCCCUACCAUGAAACUGUUGAUGAACUACGUGACAGAGUGAAGGGUGUUUCUGCCAAACCAUUUAUUGAGACUGUACCAUCAAUAGAUGCAUUGCACUGCGACAUUGGCAAUGCAGCUGAGUUUUACAAGAUAUUCCAGCUUGAGAUUGGUGAAGUGUACAAAAAUCCUGAUGCACCAAAAGAAGAGAGAAAGAGGUGGCAGUGCACUCUUGAUAAACACCUCAGAAAGAAAAUGAAUCUGAAGCCUUUAACAAGGAUGAAUGGAAAUUUUGCUCGAAAGCUUAUGACGAAAGAGACUGUGGAAGCAGUUUGUGAACUAAUUGGGUGUGAGGAGAGGCAUGAAGCCCUCCGAGAACUCAUGGACCUGUACCUUAAGAUGAAACCAGUAUGGCGCUCUUCAUGUCCCACCAAAGAAUGUCCAGAACUGGUGUGCCAGUACAGUUUCAAUUCUCAACGUUUUGCAGAGUUGUUGUCCACAAAGUUCAGGUAUAGAUAUGAUGGCAAGAUUACCAAUUAUUUCCACAAAACUCUUGCUCAUGUUCCAGAAAUUAUAGAGAGAGAUGGCUCCAUUGGUGCUUGGGCAAGUGAAGGAAAUGAGUCUGGGAACAAACUGUUUAGGCGCUUUCGAAAAAUGAAUGCCAGACAAUCAAAAUGCUAUGAAAUGGAAGAUGUCUUAAAACACCAUUGGCUGUAUACUUCAAAGCAUUUGCAGAAGUUCAUGAAUGCUCAUAAUGCAUUGAAAAGCCAGGGGUUCACCAACAAUACAGAGCAGAGUGCACAAGAUUUUGUGGAAGACACUUUCGAAAUUGCUGAUUCCAUGGAUUUCUAGGAGAGAAAAAUGGCUUUGGUUUUGAAUCUAAAUUGCCUUUAAUGGGGUGCAGGCAGAUGUAGUAUUUUUUUACCCUGGGUGGUAAAGAGUUCUGCCGUGGAUGGAAGGCAUUUGAUGGUGGGCUGUUCUGGACAAUAGAUUCCAGAGCAAGGUAGUGGGCACUGGUAGAGCGGUGUGGCUUAGUAGCCACUUGGUAAGAGGAAAAUGGAAAGGAAGGUAGCAGUUUUAUUCUUAUUUCAUUAUAUGAUACAGGGUUGGUGUUUUGUUUUUGUAUUGUUAAACUUGAGGAGCUUUAGAAAAAAAUCCAAUGUUGGUUUAUAAUACAGAGAGAAAAAUGAAUCUUUACUUGUGUAACUAGGUUUUAGCUACCCUGGGAAUCUGUUUGAAUAUAGGUAAUAAAUAUUUUACAUACAAGUUCAAGUUUUCCAAAACAUGGAGUUGCUUAGAUGCAGGCCUAGUGAACUGAACUCUGAAUUUUGAUAAAAUAUUUUUAACAAGUAUAACUGUGAAGCCUCUGAAGAUCUCAAACACCUCCAAAAGUUUCAAAUAUUAUCAACAUUGAUGGGAUAGAAAUCUAAUAAAUAAAAUAAAAAAUAAUUUUUGUGUUAUACAUCGAUCAUAUACAUAAAUAAUAUACAUAAAAGUUUCUGUAUAACAUAUUUUUAAACUAGUGUACCUGCUGUUAAAUGAGAUACUUAAAAGUACCUCUUUAAUCUCUGUAUAAGGGGUUCAUUAUAUUUUGAUAAUAGUUGGUAAGCAGAAUCAGAAUUUCAGUAUUGCUUUUCUAUUCAGUGAAGUUGUGCAUUGCUGGAUAUAUUUAAAACAGAUUGGAUUGAAUCCA